AUGGAGAAUGUACGAAAACGUAGAGGCAACAAUUUGCACAGUGCUCCGGGGCCCUCUCAGGAAAACGAACCACCGAUGAAAAGCCAGGCCUUCCACUUUGACCUGUGGUUCUGCCUGACCGUACAGAACUGGAUUCUUGACUUUGGCAGGCCUAUUGUCAUGAUCAUCCUUCCUCUGGAGUGGUUCCCGCUUAAUAGGCCCAGUGCUGGAGACUAUUUCCACAUGGCCUACAAUGUCAUCACGCCAUUCCUCAUGCUCAAGUCCGUAGUGUGUGCUUAUGUGUACGCCCUAGAGCCAGGGGAACAGUGUGUGUCUUGCAGCAGCUUGCUCCAGGCCUUGGAUGUGCGCGAGUGUGUGUGUGAGUACGGGGCCACCGUGCUGAGCCUGGUGCAGAGCUCCCGGCCCCUGAGGGAGCGCGUGGCGUCCGCGGCAACCGGGGACGGCGGCGGAGGAGGAGGAGGAGGAGGAGGAGGCGUGGGGGGGGCCGGCGCGGUGCAGGGUCGGUCCACUAAGGAGCUGCUCAUGACUCUGCCCUGUCCCUCUGCACAGACUGUCAGCAAGUACAACUCGCAGUACCACAAACUGUUCCCAUGCGUUCCCAAGGAUGAGAUCCUCAUGAAAGUGUACUCCUGUGCUCUGCUCAGAGAUAUCCUUCUACAAGGCCGUCUCUACAUUUCCAGAAACUGGUUGUGUUUCUAUGCCAACCUCUUCGGCAAAGACAUCAAGGUGGCCGUGCCCGUGUUCUCGGUGAGGCUGGUGAAGAAACACAAAACGGCCGGCCUGGUGCCCAACGGCCUGGCCAUCACCACCGACACCGGCCAGAAGGCCUUGGAUGUGCGCGAGUGUGUGUGUGAGUACGGGGCCACCGUGCUGAGCCUGGUGCAGAGCUCCCGGCCCCUGAGGGACCGCGUGGCGUCCGCGGCAACCGGGGACGGCGGCGGAGGAGGAGGAGGAGGAGGAGGAGGCGUGGGGGGGGCCGGCGCGGUGCAGGGUCGGUCCACUAAGGAGCUGCUCAUGACUCUGCCCUGUCCCUCUGCACAGACUGUCAGCAAGUACAACUCGCAGUACCACAAACUGUUCCCAUGCGUUCCCAAGGAUGAGAUCCUCAUGAAAGUGUACUCCUGUGCUCUGCUCAGAGAUAUCCUUCUACAAGGCCGUCUCUACAUUUCCAGAAACUGGUUGUGUUUCUAUGCCAACCUCUUCGGCAAAGACAUCAAGGUGGCCGUGCCCGUGUUCUCGGUGAGGCUGGUGAAGAAACACAAAACGGCCGGCCUGGUGCCCAACGGCCUGGCCAUCACCACCGACACCGGCCAGAAGUAUGUGUUUGUGUCUCUGCUGUCGAGGGACAGCGUGUACGACGUCCUCCGGCGGAUCUGCACGCACCUGCAGGUCAACGGGAAAAGUCUGAGCCUGAAGCAGUUCAUGGAGGAGCCGACUCUAUCGCUGGACGAGUUCCCGACUCCGGAUGAGUUCCCGGUGGUUGAUGAGUUCCCGUCCGUGUUGAAGUGGAGGAGGAAGCCCUCGGUGGGCUCGGUGUCCUCCUCCCUGCCCGACCUCCUGGGGAACUCCUCCUCCGGCCUGGGGGCUCCGGACACACCCUUCAAGUCCGAGCAACCGCUGGAAGAGCGCGGUUUGCAGACUGACAGAGGUCUUUUGUCAGAGCCAGUGGCAGAAUUGGGCCAGAUGGAGUACCAGCUGCUCAAGUUCUUCACCCUGCUGAUCAUCCUCCUCAUCCUGUCUUCGUGCUACUUGGCCUUUCGGGUGUGCAGCCUGGAGCAGCAGCUCUCCUUCCUCAAUAACCCAAAUCUGCCCCUGAGAGAGAGGUAA